GGAAGGGAAUAUAUUAAGUUUUCUUCUCAAAGAUGGGGAUGAGGAUCGUCACCAGUAUCAGGAUAGUUAUCGCGUUAAUUUUGCCAUGUUCAUAUUUCACACAAGAGAACAUAUGUCCAACGACAUCUGGAGAAAAGGUUGUACACGUAUGUGAGGGCAAUUUUGCCACUGGAACAUCCGUCUAUCUGGACACCUUUAAGGCUGUCAACUAUGAAGGCGGCUGUACAUGUCAACUCAGGGCACAGGGAGGCGCUGUUGAUCUCCAGGUAUCAGUUCAGGGGGUUCAUGCUGCCUGUGACGCUACCCUGUAUUUCGCUCCGCCUAUUGAUCACACCUAUAACUGUGCAGACAAGACACCCACAACUACAACAGGAAGGAUUGAGUCAGGACAGUCGGUCUUCCUUUCUCUCACCAAAAGCUCUGACGUAGCCGAUUUCUGUGUCCAUUUAGUACAGACAUCAACAGCUGGGUCUUUGAACGUAGCUUGCACAAAGGGUACGUUGAAACCUGCAAGCACCACGACAAUAGCACCUGCACCUGCAGUGACGACCUCUCCAACGACUAUUAUAGAGAACAUAUGUCCAACGACAUCUGGAGAAAAGGUUGUACACGUAUGUGAGGGCAACUUUGCCACUGGAACAUCCGUCUAUCUGGACACCUUUAAGGCUGUCAACUAUGAAGGCGGCUGUACAUGUCAACUCAGGGCACAGGGAGGCGCUGUUGAUCUCCAGGUAUCAGUUCAGGGGGUUCAUGCUGCCUGUGACGCUACCCUGUAUUUCGCUCCGCCUAUUGAUCACACCUAUAACUGUGCAGACAAGACACCCGCAACUACUACAGGAAGGAUUGAGUCAGGACAGUCGGUCUUCCUUUCUCUCACCAAAAGCUCUGACGUAGCCGAUUUCUGUGUCCAUUUAGUACAGACAUCAACAGCUGGGUCUUUGAACGUAGCUUGCACAAAGGGUACGUUGAAACCUGCAAGCACCACGACAAUAGCACCUGCACCUGCACCUGCAGUGACGACCUCUCCAACGACUAUUAUAGAACUUCUGAGGUUUGAGCGGAUUCGGCUUUUAUCCCUGAUUAACACAACAAAACACGUACAGUUGUAUAUACAAUAUCCCUCUUACCACAUACAAUGUUUAAACGUAUUUAUUCACGCAUAUAAUCGUAGAGUAAAGGAGGUAUUGAUACGGAGUGAUGAACGUAGACAUUGCAUAAUCUGGUAUUUUGUGCUGAUUGCAGAGAACAUAUGUCCAACGUCAUCUGGAGAAAAGGUUGUACACGUAUGUGAGGGCAACUUUGCCACUGGAACAUCCGUCUAUCUGGACACCUUUAAGGCUGUCAACUAUGAAGGCGGCUGCACAUGUCAACUCAGAGCACAGGGAGGCGCUGUUGAUCUCCAGGUAUCAGUUCAGGGGGUUCAUGCUGCCUGUGACGCUACCCUGUAUUUCGCUCCGCCUAUUGAUCACACCUAUAACUGUGCAGACAAGACACCCGCAACUACUACAGGAAGGAUUGAGUCAGGACAGUCGGUCUUCCUUUCUCUCACCAAAAGCUCUGACGUAGCCGAUUUCUGCGUCCAUUUAGUACAGACAUCAUCAGCUGGAUCACUUAACGUAGCCUGCUCCAGUGGCACACUGAAAUCAACAAGUCCACCAGCAACAACGUCCUCGCCAACCAACGCUCCCAAUAACGUAGCAACCACUUUGACUACUUCUGUUACUCAGAGCAAAGGAUCAUCAAGUGAAAGUCCGGAUAAUACAGUAACUGAGAGCAAAGGAUCAUCAAGUGAAAAGCCGGAUAAUACAGUGACUGAGAGCAAAGGAUCAUCCAGUGAAAUUCCGGAUAAUACAGUAACUGAGAGCAAAGGAUCAUCGAGUGAAAGUCCGGAUAAUACAGUAACUGAGAGCAAAGGAUCAUCGAGUGAAAAUCCGGAUAAUACAGUAACUGAGAGCAAAGGAUUAUCGAGUGAAAGUCCGGAUAAUACAGUAACUGAGAGCAAAGGAUCAUCGAGUGAAAUUCCGGAUAAAACAGUAACUGAGAGCAAUGGAUCAUCCAGUGAAAGUCCGGAUAAUACAGUAACUGAGAGCAAAGGAUCAUCGAGUGAAAGUCCGGAUAAUACAGUAACUGAGAGCAAAGGAUCAUCAAGUGAAAGUCCGGAUAAUACAGUAACUGAGAGCAAAGGAUCAUCGAGUGAAAAUACGGAUAAUACAGUAACUGAGAGCAAAGGAUCAUCGAGUGAAAGUCCGGAUAAUACAGUAACUGAGAGUAAAGGAUCAUCCACUGAAAGUCCAAAUAUAACACCGUCCGGAAACACAGGUCUUAAUACUGCAGAGACUCCUCAGUCCGUCAUUGUGGUCAGCUUUGUCGUUGUUGGGGUCUUCGCUGCAAUCGUGGUCGUGAUGAUACUAUUUGGGGUUUUUACCUACUGCAGGGACAAAUCAAGACUCGGCAAACUAAGAGCUGCACAGAAUCUUCCCAAUGGACAUACCAAUGUGUAACGACGAAGACCAACACUUCACGAACACAAGGACCUUCCUCAAGGCAGCAAUGUAUUUCAAUACUUGCUUAAAAAUCAAAAUGUGUCUGAUAACAUGUGCUGAACAGUGGGAUAUGAUAAAGUCGGUUCGAGAAAGCUAACAAGCGAUAUAUGGCAUUUGAUUAACAUGACUGAUUUAACUGUUGUUUAAAUCUAUGUAUUGUUUUCCGCAACGGAUGUGAGUUCGCAUGGAGAUAGAUGGACCAAAUGGGACUGCUGGGAACAAUUGAGAAUAUGGACAACAUAACCUAGCUCACGAUAUCACCCAAUAUAUGCAGUGACGCAAAUGUUAUUGUUCGAAGAAGAAGGAAAUCUUAAUCCAUCCAGGAUAUGCAACAAUGGUGUACAUGCGUUUUGCUUGGGCCUUCACGUUGUUUAUAGGAUUGAAGACAAUAAUUUUGCCUCGUGAAUAAACCAUACAAACUUGA